AGUAGUCGGAGGUGAAAGGUCACGCUGCUUUUGGGCGGCCAUUUCUCGUGGUCCGUGCUGGGGUAGGCGCUCCAGGCACCAGGGACGGACAAGAGCUGGGUCGGCGGCGAGUAGCCUACAGCAUUUGCUCGUCGUCGCGAUGAGUUUGCCCCUCAAUCCCAAACCUUUCCUCAACGGAUUAACAGGAAAGCCAGUAAUGGUGAAACUUAAGUGGGGAAUGGAGUACAAAGGCUACCUGGUAUCUGUAGAUGGCUAUAUGAACAUGCAGCUUGCAAACACAGAAGAAUACAUAGAUGGAGCCUUGUCUGGACACCUGGGUGAAGUUUUAAUAAGGUGUAAUAAUGUCCUUUAUAUCAGGGGUGUUGAAGAAGAGGAAGAAGAUGGAGAAAUGAGAGAAUAGCAUCUUUUGUGGGAAAUUUCUUUUUAUAUAUAUAUUUCUAGACAAUAAAAAUUUGUUUUUUCAACUUGA